AUGGAAUUGAGUCCAAACCUGAAUGUAUCCACCCUCCGUCUCCUACAGGAAUCCCCAUAUGUGAUGCUGAAGAAGAACCAUGAUCAGUUGUCAGGGAAUGAUAAGUAUGAGGGUUACAUUGUGGAGCUAGCCGCUGAGAUCGCCAAGCACGUUGGGUACCACUACAAACUGAAGGUGGUCUCAGAUGGGAAGUAUGGAGCCAGAGACCCCGAGACCAAGAUGUGGAACGGCAUGGUCGGAGAGCUGGUGUACGGGGUGAGUGCUCAUCAGAUGGUUAUUAGAGCUUAUAAGAGGGUUUGUAAAUGCUCAUAAUGGGAGGCCAUAAUAUAUCUGGAGGUGGUUAACAUUCAUAUUUGUUCAGUUUUCUAUAACAUAAGACACACUCUCUCUCUCCCUCCCGCUCUCUCUCCUUCCCUCUCUCUCUCUCUCUCUCCCUCCCGCUCUCUCUCUCUCCCUCCCGCUCUCUUUCCUCCCGCUCUCUCUCCCUCCCGCUCUCUCUCUCUCCCUCUCCCUCUCCCUCCCUCUCUCUCUCUCUCUCUCUCUCUCUCCCUCUCUCUCCCUCCCUCUCUCUCUCACUCCCUCCCGCUCUCUCUCCCUCCCUCUCUCUCUCCCUCCCUCUCUCUCUCCCUCUCUCUCUCUCUCUCUCUCUCUCGCUAAAUUCAAUUCAAUUCAAUUUCAAUUCAAGGGGCUUUAUUGGCAUGGGAAACAUAUGUUAACAUUGCCAAAGCAAGUGAAAUAGAUAAUAAACUAAAGUGAAAUAAACAAUAAAAAAUUUAACUGUAAACAUUACAAUCACAAAAGUUCCAAAAGAAUAAAGACAAUUAAAAUGUCAUAUUAGGUCUAUAUACAGUGUUGUAACGAUGUGCAAAUAGUUAAAGUACAAAAGGGGAAAUAAAUAAACAUAAAUAUGGGUUGUAUUUACAAUGGUGUUUGUUCUUCACUGGUUGCCCUUUUCUUGUGGCAACAUGUCACAAAUCUUGCUGCUGUAAUGGCACACUGUGGUAUUUCACCCAAUAGAUAUAGUAGUUGAUCAAAAUUGGGUUUGUUUUACAUUUUUUGGUGGGUCUGUGUAAUCUGAAGGACAUAUGUGUCUCUAAUAUGGUCAUACAUUUGGCAGGAGGUUAGGAAGUGCAGCUCGGUCAGUUUCCACCUCAUUUUGUGGCAGUGUGCACAUAGCCUGUCUUCUCUUGAGAGCCAGGUCUGCCUACCUCAAUAGCAAGGCUAUGCUCACUGAGUCUGUACAUAGUCAAAGCUUUCCUUAAUUUUUGGUCAGUCACGGUGGUCAGGUAUUCUGCCACUGUGUACUCUCUGUUUAGGGCCAAAUAGCAUUCCUGUUUGGUUUGUUUUUUGGUAAAUUAUUUCCAAUGUGUCAAGUAAAUAUAUUUUUGUUUUCUCAUGAUUUGGUUGGGUCUAAUUGUGUUGUUGUUGUUGUUGUUGUUGUUGUUGUUGUUGUCCUGGGGCUCUGUGGGGUCUGUUUAUGUUUGUGAACAGAGCCCCAGGACCAGCUUGCUUAGGGGACUCUUCUCCAGGUUCAUCUCUCUGUAGGUGAUGGCUUUCUUAUGGAAGGUUUGGGAAUCGCUUCCUUUUAGGUGGUUGUAGAAUUUAAUGGCUCUUUUCUGGAUUUUGAGCAUUAGCGGGUAUCGGCUUAAUUCUGCUCUGCAUGCGUUAUUUGGUGUUUUACGUUGUACACAGAGGAUGUUUUUGCAGAAUUCUUCAUGUAGGUAGAGUCUCAAUUUGGUGUUUGUCCCAUUUUGUGAAUUCUUUGUUGGUGAGCGGACCCCAGACCUCAUAACCAUAAAGGGCAAUGGGUUCUAUAACUGAUUCAAGUAUUUUUUUCUCCUAAUCUCUCUUUGUUUCUUUCUUUGUUUCUUUCUUUGUUUCUUUCUUUGUUUGUUUCUUUCUUUGUUUGUUUCUUUCUUUCUUUCUUUCUUUCUUUCUUUCUUUCUUUCUUUCUUUCUUUCUUUCUUUCUUUCUCUUUCUUUGUCACGAUCGUCGACAGAUGCGGACCAAGGCGCAGCGUGAUAGGCGUACAUACUUUAUUGAGUGUACACAACACGAACCAAAACAAUAAACGAAACGAUACGUCCUAGGUCAUAACACAAACCUUUCGGAUCAAGAUCCCACAAAGUAACAUGCCGCAGGCUGCCUAAGUAUGGUUCCCAAUCAGAGACAACAAGCUACAGCUGCCUCUGAUUGGGAACCACCCUGGCCAACAUAGAUCUAAACGAUCUAGAACACAAACAUAGAAAACUAAACAAUGAAACCUACACACCCUGGCUCAACAUAAAGAGUCCCCAGAGCCAGGGCGUGACAGUACCCCCCCCCCCAAAAGCGCGGACUGCGACCGCGCCACACCAACACAACAGGGUAGGGGCCGGGUGGGCAUUCCGCCUCGGAGGCGAAUCCGCCUCCGGGCGUGACCACCACACUCUCUCUACCCCCCCGUUGCGCCCCUGGUCUGGUCUGGCCCCGCUGGCCGGAGCUGGACUGAACACCGGUGGAGCGGAUUGCUCUGGCUCCGGCGUGGAGCAGCUGGAACAGGCACGGACCGUGCCGGACUGACGAUGCGCACCACUGGCUUGGUGCGGGGAGCAGGAACGGGCCGGACCGGGCUGACGACGCGCACCACUGGCUUGGUGCGGGGAGCAGGGACGGGCCGGACCGGGCUGACGACGCGCACCACUGGCUUGGUGCGGGGAGCAGGAACGGGCCGGACCGGGCUGACGAUGCGCACCAUUGGCUUGGUGCGGGGAGCAGGAACAGGCUGGACCGGGCUGACGACGCGCACCACUGGCUUGGUGCGGGGAGCAGGAACAGGCCGGACCGGGGCUGACGACGCGCACCACUGGCUUGGUGCGGGGAGCAGGAACGGGCCGGACCGGGCUGACGAUGCGCACCAUUGGCUUGGUGCGGGGAGCAGGAACAGGCCGGACCGGGCUGAUGACGCGCACCACUGGCUUGGUGCGGGGAGCAGGAACAGGCCGGACCGGGCUGGCGACGCGCACCACUGGCUUAGUGCGGGGAGCAGGAACGGGCCGGACCGGGCUGACGACGCGCACCAUUGGCUUGGUGCGGGGAGCAGGAACAGGCCGGACCGGGCUGGCGACGCGCACCAUUGGCUUGGUGCGGGGAGCAGGAACAGGCCGGACCGAGCUGGCGACGCGCACCACAGGCUUAGUGCGGGGAGCAGGAACGGGCCUGACCGUACUGGGAACACACACCACUGGCCUUGUGCGGGAAUCAGGAACAGGCCGGACCGGACUGGUGACACACACCACUUGCUUGGUGCGAGGAGCGGGACUGGGUUUCCUCAUAAACCUCUGCUCCCUCUGCUGCCUACUCAGUUCCUCUCGCCGUGCCUCCACACUAUCCUUCUCCCUCGUGACCAGUGGCCCCCGUAACCUGGCGGCCUCCUCUGCCAACCUGCUGAACCGCUCUAUCGCGGCCUCCCGCUGCCUCGUCGUCCACGGCGUGAGCCCCCCCCUAAAUUUUUUGGGGCUUGUCUCUCCCCCGUGCUCAUGGCCUCCAUCCCUCUUGCCAGACUCUCACUCAUCUCCUCCCAGGUCCAUCCUCUCUCCUCGUCACGCUGCUUGAUCCAGUCGAGGUGGGAUCUUCUGUCACGAUCGUCGACAGAUGCGGACCAAGGCGCAGCGUGAUAGGCGUACAUCCUUUAUUGAGUGUACACAACACGAACCAAAACAAUAAACGAAACGAUACGUGAAGUCCUAGGUCAUAACACAAACCUUUCGGAUCAAGAUCCCACAAAGUAACAUGCCCGCAGGCUGCCUAAGUAUGGUUCCCAAUCAGAGACAACAAGCUACAGCUGCCUCUGAUUGGGAACCACCCUGGCCAACAUAGAUCUAAACGAUCUAGAACACAACAUAGAAAACAAAACAAUGAAACCUACACACCCUGGCUCAACAUAAAGAGUCCCCAGAGCCAGGGCGUGAAACUUAUUUAUUUGGUCUGUUAUGGCGGGGAGGUAGGGGGGAGGGAGGGAGGGAGGGAGGGGUAGGAGAGAGAAGAGGAGAUGUAGAGACUCUCUCCUCUCUCUCUUCUCUCUCUCUCUCUUCUCUCUCCUCUCUCUCUCUCCCCCCCUUCUCUCUAUCUCUCUCUCUCCCCCCUUCUCUCUCUCUUCCUCUCUCUCCCCCCUUCUCUCUCUCUCUCUCUGGUCGUGACUCAGGAGCUGACGGGGAGGUUACGUUUAUUUACUGUAACUAAAGAACAACUCUUAGGCCCCAUCUCCUGCAAUCUGCCCACAUACACACCAAACUCCAACAAAAAACACCACAGCUCCCCCCCCACACACAUCCACAAUACACACACAACACAUCCAUAGAGGACCCCUUGGACACCAUGGUGCCGAUACCUGCUGUUAAAAGGCUCUUUGUGAUGCUAUGGGGAGAUGGGUGUGGGUGUGAGGGGGGGGAGAACAGGGUAACAGGAGAUUAAGGUCAGGAUUUGUGUGUUUUCCUAUUUAAUAAAGUUUCUGUGUGUUCAGCCUUAUGCUGUAUAUAUAAUACUUACAGUAUUUCCUCUCCUUCUUUGUUGUCCUCCAGCACACCUACUGUACUGGACAGUAUCUAGCUCUACAGAUGUAUUUACUGAUGUAGAAAACAUGUUUUUAUUUACAGAUGUAGGAUCUUAAUUUGAUCAAUAUUUUGUUGCUGAGAAUUUUCCUGCACAGCAGGAAAUGCAAACUUGUAGUGUGUAUUUAAGGUUUAAAAAGGCUUCUAAAGUUUGUAAUUUCCACUUUAAAAUGUCAGACUUGAUUUGCCCUAAAGAAAAAUGUAUCAACCCCUACAGAAAAUAUCCAUUAAUUAUAAUCCACAUAAUAAUUCACAUUUCCUGUUGCUGCAGAAUUAUUUUCCUGCUGUAGCAAACUGGCUCAAAUGAAGAUCCUACAUCUGUAUACACCUUGUUAUAUUCUAUUCUUUUGAAUAUUUUCUCUGCUUGAGUGUAGUUCAUGGUAAAGGUGACAGCACAACUCAAAUAUUUAUUGCUAACAUGUCUCUCUUCCCCUCCCUCCCUCCCUCUCUACCUCUCUCCCUCCUUCCCUUCCUCUCUCUCUCCCUCUGUUCCUACCCUUCUCUCCUCCAGAAAGCAGACGUGGCGGUAGCCCCGCUGACCAUCACCCUGGUCCGAGAAGAGGUGAUCGACUUCUCCAAGCCCUUCAUGUCUCUGGGAAUCUCCAUCAUGAUCAAGAAGCCCACCAAGUCUAAACCAGGUGUCUUCUCCUUCCUGGACCCACUGGCCUAUGAGAUCUGGAUGUGUAUCGUGUUCGCCUACAUCGGUGUGAGCGUGGUCCUGUUCCUGGUGAGCCGCUUCAGCCCCUAUGAGUGGCACGCAGAGGACUAUGAGGAGGGGGCCGACCCCCAGACCCCUACCCAGCCGACUGGUCCCGGUGCUGAGUUACAGUCGGGGCAGAGCUCUGGUCAGCAAGGCCAGAACCAGCAGAAUCAGGAGCAGACCAAUGAGUUUGGCAUCUUCAACUCUCUCUGGUUCUCCCUGGGAGCCUUCAUGCAGCAGGGAUGUGACAUCUCACCCAGGUAA